CAUACGUUUAUGAAUGAGUCUCUAUUGACUGCUUACCCGCUGAAUAAGCCGCAGUUUAUUAGAGAAGAUUUCUGCGUAGUAGCAUCGCUCGUUCAAGUGCCUGUGAGUGACACUCACAGUGUAUACCAAUAGGCGCCGCGGAGAGUUUAUCAAAGGACUCCAACGUCUUUUUAGGAAUUCAGAGGGAAGAAGGACGGAGCCAGAACUAGUACUAAGCUAAACUCGGUGAGAGAAAGCGAUGGAGUGUUCGAGCAUGGCCGUUGUUUCUUGCUUUCGUCUGAUUGCGACCAUUCUUCUUCUUGCAAUGGCUGGUCGCUGCUCCUCGCAGCAAAUGAAUCACAUCGAACUCGGCAGAAUUGCAGGCACGAUUGACGACCUCACUCAGGUGUUGAAAGCACAAGCGGUUGCUUCAGAGAAAGUCGCCUCAGGAAUCAUGAAAAUGUUCACCUUGAUGGCCACAGAUCAUCUUGUCUGUGAAGGGGGUUGGCUGAAGCUGAGAUCCUCCUGUUACUUCAUUAGUAAAGACACCAGCACUUGGGAAGGAAGCCGUCAAAAGUGCAUAGCCUUGAAUUCUGAUUUGGUCAAAAUCACUCAUGACGAAGAGUACAACUUCCUCCGUGAUCUUGCAAAAGGUCACAACUACUACAUAGGACUCAGUGACCUGCAAGAAGAGGGAUCCUACAGAUGGGUUGCAGAUGGCACCAUUCAUCAAAUCGUUGAAUCAUGGUGGGGAGAAGGUGAACCCAGCACUGCAGCAGAACACUGUAUCCAUUACUUUCCUGCAAAAGACGAUCGCCUCAAUGAUAUUAACUGUGCUAAGGAGUUUAGGUACAUUUGCGAGAAACCUGCCCAACUGCCUUGGAACUUUGCUUUAGUGCUAGAUGAAGAAAUGCCCGCAGACAAGUGAAAUGGAAGAUGGAUCAGGCGUAAGAAUAAAUUUCCUUCUAAGUGUCUACAUUAAGUGAAAUUGCCUGUUGUUGUGUAUUUGGAUUUCUUAAGCUGUAUUCUGUUGGACAACUCGAUAAUUCAUGUUUACAUUUAUUUAAUUAAUCAAUAAGUAGAACUGCAACAUUAAGGUUUACUUCAAACUGAUAUACAUCAAUUUCCAUGUGGAACAUGAGUAUAAAGCUAUCGGGUUUCCCAUUUGGUAGGAGAACUGAAGUUGCUUUGUGAAUACGUUUCUUUCAGAGUAGUUUCCAUUUGACGUCUUACUGUCCCUCUAGGUGAGGAACCACCUCCAUUAUCUAGGAAAGUAGGUUUGUAAUUUUAAUGAACAUGGUUGAUGUAAUUUGAAAUGGGGUUGAAUCCCUCAUGAGACUAGUUUUUUUUCAAGUUGUUUAGUUCCCUUCUCUUACUACAUUCUGAUAUAUCUACACUUCAAGCCUAGUACUAAACGUACAAAUAAGAUACAAUGCUGUAAUUCGAAAUUUGGAGUCCCAUCCUGUAUUUAUAUAAAGACGUCAUUCAUAUUCACGUCUCAAAAGACAAGAUCUCUAUUUGCGGCUUUGUUGUUAAAGAGUUAUUCGGAAUUCAAACACCCUUGUAGUAGUGGCGUCAGUGCAUCUCAUGCGGUUCACUGUAGUGUCCCUUCAUCCCCUAGAUCAACCCCUUUUAUUUAAUUCCUCUUGGUGUACUUCCUUUCAGAUUCUCUUCCAUCUUGCUUCCCUUAACCCUCUCCUCAUAAUUGACUUAUAGUGCAACUACAAUGGUCCCAAUGCUUGGCCUUUGGCCUAAAUUGUAUAUCCAAUACUACUCUACUCUACCAUUCAAACACACAUUACUGAGUGACAGUCGCUGUUUUUGUCAAUAUUUUUAUCAAUAGUGUUUAAAGUUACAUAAUAGCAGUUACUAUUCAAUUUAUUUUCUCAAAGGCAAACCUUUAGGCCAUACCUGUGACUUUGAAGUAUUUGGACUCAUUCGCCUACUUGAAUCCAUGGUAAUUUUGAGGUCUGAUGGUCACACCACACAUGGGACUUCCACCAACUCCUACAAAAAGACCAUAUGAUACUAGGUUAAAACUAUUGAUGACCCAUAGAAGCGAAAGAACCAAAAUGAGAGUAGAAAUGACGGUGGAUAUUCGUAUGCACAAAAAAAAAAAAAAAAAAAAAACUUUGUAGGUCUUCCUGGUAUAUAUGUAUUUGUCUCCUCCGAUUUAUAUAUUUAACCACACCAUGAUUUAUAUACAAUCAUUCAUCUAUAGAUGUCAUUUAAUAUCUGAUUCAUGCUACUUCAGGAAUUUUUAAAGUGAUAAAUGGGGGAGUCCUCCAAUUCGACUGAGUGGUAUUUAUAGUGUGUGGUUCCAGGUUGCAUCCUGCCUCCUUAGGAGGUCCAUCACUUUUCUUACUACGUGUGCCAUUUCUAGGAUCACACUCUUCUGCAUGAGUC